AUGCAUGACAACUUUGCACCUCCUACCGGCCUCCUCGAGCUUCCUGGAGAACUUCGCAACCGUAUCUACGACUUCGCGCAAGAGUCAGGUCAAGUCCGUGUUGUGUACAAGCAGAGUCUUCACCUCGAGCAAGUCGAACAAACUAGUCGACAAUUCUGUGGUCUGACCCAAGUCUGUCGCAAGCUCCGAGUGGAGUAUCUACCUGUCUACAAUGCGCAAACCAUUGUCAGCAUUGAUUGGUUGCACACUGCCUCCUACAUCGACACAUUCAUUCUUCCAGCUGGCGUGGAGCCGGAACAAGCACGCGGGAACCUCAUCGCCCUCAGCAAGAAAGCUCCUCAAGUCACGAUCAAAUUUGACGAAUCCGCUUGGUUCGUCCCAUUAUUGUGCACACUAAGGCGCAGAUAUAGGACACUUUUAUAG